ACGAGAGCAGUUCGCAACAGCGGGUAGAACAAACGGUCCAAUAACAGUUCAACAACAACGCACUAGGGCAAACAGCACUUGCUGCAAGCAAGCAAGCAGAAGUGCAGGCCGAGAGCGCAAAUUGGGAGCAUCAAGGCAAAGUAGCUGAAGUAAAGUGCUUCUGAAAAAAUUAAGUUAUAAAGUUAAACAAAGUGCGAAAUAAAAUAAAAUAGUUACGUGUUAGUGGUGUAAACAACGGGCUUGUUGUGCAAAUAAAGGCAAUAACAAUAACAAAUGUGGUGCAAAAUUAAAACACGGCAAAUUUGACUCCAGAUACAGACAAUAUUUUGUGGCUUCGACAGAAAAAAAGUCGCGAAAAUCUACAAAGCAACAUAUUUGAAAUGCAUAGAAUAGUUUUAGGUAGCGUUUGAGAAGUAGAAAGCGUUGCCACUUAGUAAGCGCUGGAGCUUACAAACACCUCUGCCGUGAAACCUUUUUCUUAUGCUUAGCGGUUGUGUGUGUGUAUUUGAUGGUUUUGUAAACGCACUACUUUCGCAAGUAAAUAUUUGAAAGGCAACGUAAACAUUACGGACAGCAGAAUCAUUGUUAACGCAACUAUUGUGGCGACAGCGGCAGCGGCAGCACAGCCAGCCACACCAUAAGCAGCAGGAAAGGCGCCUACAACCACAACGCAGGCAACAACGACGGCAGCGACGAUAACAACCGACGCUUAAAAAUGUCAACACUUCCGUUUUUGUUGAGCGUCGCCGAUGAGCUCGAUAACCUCAACUCACAGUCGUACAUGGACGACUUCGGGCUGGGCUUCCAUCCGCAUCGCCAAUACUAUCGCACGCCCACCAUACAAUUGUCCUUGCCCGCCAGCACCGACUGGAUGGAGCACGAGCGUUCGCAACGCUGUCGCUCACACAAAUUCGUCUUCGAAACACAAAACAAUCUAACCGCCACAGCGGAGGGCGACGAAACGGACGCCACCGAUGAGGCUGGCAAUGGCGGUGGACGCAGUGGUGCUGGUGGUGCGCUGGAUGCUGGCGCCGGUGGUAUGGGCACAGAUAAUGCGUACACCGAGCGCUAUGGCAGCGGCGCAAGCACUUCGGCCGCCAGUCGCCAAAAGUAUACGUCGCUGCUGAAUUCCAAUGAUGAAGAUGGCAAUGGUAAGGGCGGCAGCGUUGGUAAGCGCAAUGAAGCUGACAGCAUCGACAAUACGGUGCAAAUGUAUAAUUUGUCGAAGAAGUGUUGCAAGAAUUACUAUCGACGUGGUGACGAACCGACAUCCGGCGCCUUGGCGGCCAAAGGGAAAUCCGCUGAAGGCGGCUAUCGUUUGCAUGCCAAGUGCAUGGAGGGCGCCAACUCGUCGUCGGACGAGAGUUUGCAGAAGCCCACAUCAUCCAUUGAGUUUUUGACGUGCUUCCUGGUGAAAAAGUCGCGCACACCCAAAGGUGCGGGCAUCAGCGGCGGCAGCGGUAGCGGCAAGAAAUCAUCGUAGGACACGGUUACGAAGCGUCGCAGUCAUUGUUUCUGAAUGUGUUGUUGGGGGGUGGAGGAUGUGCAGGAGGGCGCUGUGGCGAGACGCAGUUGCGGGGCUUGGUUGGGUUGUUGGCGCAGCACUUGCUGCGGUGAGCUUGAAAGUCAAUGAAGUAAUGGCAGCUGAGGUCAGGUGAAGGCGAGGCGAAUGUGGCGAGAUUGACGAUUGGCGUUAGACGACUGCCGAUUUACGCAGUCAGGCGGUUGUAAUGCAGCACAACAACAAUACAUAGCGGCAACAACAAGCUGCUGUACUUUCACACUUUGUUUGGCAAUGAGUUGGCGAAGCUGUCAAGGGUAAACUGCAAGGACUUCGAGUUGCUGGCGCGCCUUGUGGGAUUAUUGCAACAAAGCGUUGUUGCCGCUCUUGUUGGCGUAGGAAAUGCGUAGUAACAACGUGCAAAAAGGCGAUUUCCAUACAUUUGUAAUGAAAGUGUAACAUGCAGACGCAAGUAAUUUAUAAAAUUUGCAAGCCAUACAUACGUAUAAGCCUGUACUUGACACACAUACAGACAUAUGUAUACUCCCAUAUAGUAAAUAAAAAAUGAAAAUAAAACUAGCUGUAAGUGCAAUUAUUAAAAAACAAAUGAACUUAUGUUAAAUCAAAAAAUGAACCAAACAUAAACAUAACAGUAACUAUAACGGUAAUGCAUGUUAAAUGAAUGUGGAAGCAAAAUAUUCAAUUGGUGCCUAAAUGUUAGUUUCGUAGUGUAGAAAAAAUCCAUAUUGGCAGCAGCAAAUUAACAGUUAGCCAUUGGCUCAGCGGUUUUUUCGUAAGUCUCGUAAAUUUCAAGAUUUCAAGCCGCAAAUGCUUAGCGUAUAUAUUUGUAAGAGUUCUUAGUGGCAGUAACUCUGAAGAAUGUUUGCAAAAGACAUCCGUUGCACAUUUUCAGUUAUAUCUAAUGCGUGUGUUAUCGGUGAGGCGGUGUUUUGGUGAACUAUGACACAAAUUUUUGAAAUACAAUUUGGUGGCAUUUAAACUUUAUUUAUUUCUUUUUCGUUUUUUCUUUAAUAAAUAUAUUUCCAAUGAAGUUUUGUGCGUACCAAACCAUGAACAGUUGAAAGUUUGAAGAGCUCUUAUGCAUUGUGCAAUAGAACGCAAAAUAUUCAAUUCUUCAUCAAUAUUUUUUUGUCGUUUAAAGUAACCUCCACCAAAUGUAAUACACUUAUUCCAACGAUUUUUCGGGAUUGCCUUAAGCUCCUUUAGUGAAUUUUGUUUUAUCUCUUCGAUCGACUGAAAUCGGGUUCCAUUGCGAUGAUUAAGUCAACAGUCAUGUGAAACUCUUAAUUUCGGAAUUCGCACAAUAAAGCAUGUCCACAGAGAGCAGUUAACGGUACCCUUUUUGAAAAAAGUUCAGCUUUAUCAGGACGAGUCGAGCAAGAAUGCGUUUCAUACCUAGAAUAUGCACCAAAAUCAUUCGAACGGACUCGUGAGAGAUGUCGAGCUCUCUUGCCAUCUCUCUAACACUUGUCUGACGAUUCCAACGCACGAUAUUCUCUACUUUUUUAUUAUAUUCAUCAGUUGACGAGGUAGAAGACCGUCCGGGACGAGGCAUGUCUUCAACGAUCUCUCGACUGACUUAAGCAGCUGCCGUAAAAAGGACAGCCCUACCAACUUAGCAAAAUACAAUUUUUUUUAAAUAUCAUUUACCCGAGGAAUUUAAUUACUAUUUCCGGGUGCCUUUUUUGUAAUGUAAGCUAGUUUUUGGUUUGAUGUGUUUAGUUGUCUGGGAGAAUAAUAAAGCAGCCAAUCCGUAAUAAUUUGUCCAAUGCUUGUUGGAGCAAUAACUUGUCGCCUUGGUAACGAGAUCCCUAGUGAAGUUUUCAAAUUAUCUUCCGGCUUUUAAUUCGUAUUAUUCUUAAGAAGGCUAGCCUUCCUAUUUUAUAGGUCGUAGCAUCUCUUUCAACCAUUACGCCUCCCCAUGUUGCUUUACAGUUUAUGAUAUACUAAGUAUGUUCUUUGAGGAUGGCUAGGCUAUCCGCAGCGUCAAUACUAAGUCUCAUAUUUUUACGUUAUGCAAGCAGCCAAUAAUAGCAGGUAAAUCGGUUAAUAUAAACUGUGUACACCUUCAUAUAGGAAAAUAAGGAAAUUAGAAGCGUUAUGUUGAAGAAAUGGCUCCCAAAGGAAAGAGAACUCAAUAACAUUUUGGAGUUUCAUCUUAGGGCACAUAUCCUUAAGUUCCAACCUUCGGAAAAUGGAAAAAGUCGCAGAACAUGCGCGGAAGAUAAUGAAACGCUGGAACAAUAUCCAGCAAAUCCACUGAGUUGCAGGAUAAGGCUUAAUUUGGUUACCAUCCCAGUGUACAAUGGGCCUGUUGAUGGCCUAAAUGCGGCCGUUUGGCGCUCCAUUUCAAACAAAUCAAACCAUGCUCAUUGGAUUAAGCCCUUCGUUAGUUUUUUCAAAACUUUUUAUCUUUCAGUGCUGCCAUAAAUUUGGUAAAGAAAAUAUUUUUUCUAAAAAAUCCUUUCUUUAUUUUCCUUAGAGAAUUCUAAGGCAAAAUUUCCAGUUUUUUCAAUAAUAAGUGACUUGUAUGAGUUCAGCCUCUUCAGCCUCUUUGUGUCGUUAUUAGAAGGAUUUUCUUUUGUAAUGUACUUCAUGCUGAUAAGUCUAUUAGAGAGUUUUUUCGACCAUCCAAACUGAUCGAUCGGAAGUCGGCGAGAUAUCUCGCCGAUGUUUGGUAUGAUGCAAUCUACGAAAAUUGUUCAAAUCGAAUCACUUUAGCACUUAUGUAGCUACCAUACAAACUGUUUAAAAGUAUAUUAGCUGGAUAACCUGAUAUUUCUAUAUGGAAUAAAUAUUGUUCUAAAUUUAUAAGCUCCAUUUUUUUCUGAGUUCUUUGAAAAUACAAUAUUUAUCCGAAACGAUAUAUUUUUUGCUUUUUACCAUACUUUUGAUUUUGACAUAUGUAUUCUUGAAUAUACAAAUAUAUUUUUUAAAUGUAAAAUAAUUUUUGCAGCUUCAUUCUUAUUAGAAUAAUAUUGCUAUUGUCGCCUUAAUUGUUUUCCAUUAAGUUGGUAAUUAAAUACAUAGACCCAGAGCUGUCGUAUGCCACAUCGCAUUUACAGGGAUGAGUUCUUCCACACUUAUGCUUGUGUAUUUAUUCGUGUCGUACUCGUUAAAUGAAUUUUCAUCAGACUGGAAAUUUCAACCGCAUAUAAGUGAAGUUUGGUAUUAGAGAAAAAUCAUACUAAUUUUUAUCAUAAUUUUUGUUAAUUUAGGUCGACGAAUACUGAAUUGUUAGGAGCUUAGACCACAAAUAUACAUAUGUGGCGCAUAUAAACAUGUUCGUAUGUGUUUAAAUCUACAAGGUCUGUCGCAAAAGAAACAGGACUGUUAAAAAAAACAACAAAAAAAUAAUAUUUUUCAAAAGUUAUAUCUUUUUAUUCAAAGUAGUUUCUUUGUGCUUCGAUACAGCGUUUUGCCCGGUCAAUUAGCAUUUCAAAUGAGUGUUUAAGGUCAUUUUUAUAUUGAUUGAUAUUUUUACUUAUAAACUGUUUGAAUAAAGUCAUCCAAGAUCUAUAGCUAAAAAUAUCAAGCUUUUCAGAGUUCAUUCGUCAAAUCAGAUAUGUAUUUUUUUCUCAAUCUUUUUAAAGAUCUCAAUUUCUGGAAAAAAAAAUCGCUGUCUGGCUUCUUACUAAGACGAUUCCGAGAGCAAUUAUUUGUUUAACUUCUUUUUUUGUCGAACUUGUUUAUAUCAGUCUCAAUAUGAUUAGAUUAAGUAAUGCUUCAGGGUCUAAUUUACCUUAAAUAGUGAACUGCACCCAAGCCGAAAGCAUAAGAGUUUAUUUAUGAAUUUUCACGCCUGAUAUACUACUUAUGAAAGGUUUUAUGGUUCUCAGUAAUACCAUUUCGUACUUGAUUAUAGCACCACUGUACUAUUAGAUCUUCGAAGCAAAACUUAUAUAAGAAUUCAAUUUAUAAGGCAAUUACGAUCAUUAUAAUACGCGUCGUUAUCGCAGGACUGUAUUAGAUCUUCGAAGCAACAAUUCCAUAAUGCUCUAAUUUACAAGGCUUUCCGAAGAUUAGUUUCUGAGUCAUGGAGCUUAAAUUAUGCUAUGUCGAUAUAUGUAUCUAGAAGGAUGUAUUUGGUUUUUCAAAAUUUGAUUGACUUCAAACAUUUUAUUACAGUAUUAAUGCUUUAAAGAAUUUGCGAUGCUGUGUGCGGGUAACAAGAAGUGAUGUUUGAAAGAAAUUUCCUGUGUAUUGUUUACUACGACCACGAAACAUAAUUUUUCAGCAAAUCGUGUUGUUGUUGUUAUUGUUAUUAAUUUAUAAUUUGAACUCAUAUAAGCAACGGAGAAGACUUCGGCGUAUUAUGUCUCAAUUAUUGUGCACUUCGCUUUUCUUUUCUUAUAGUAUUUAUGGUUAACCGCUUGAAGUAACAAGAAAAAAUAAUGAAAUGCCAGUUAAAUAAUAAACCGAGAUAUGCAUAUUUGACAUGCUACAGUUUUUAAUACAUAAAACAACUAAAUAAAAAUAAAAUAAUUACAAUAAAAAAGAUAAUUUUUGUACCUUCUUUUAUACCAAGAACCAGAUACAUGUGUUUUUAUACCAACAAAUAAGAGAAUUUAGAGCAAACAAUUGCGUCGUAGAUUUAAGGCGCAAAGUCAAGUUUAAGUGCACUCAAUGAAAAAAAUAAAUAUUAAUUCUUAUAUGUAUAAAUAAGCAAAUAAAAUAAUGACAGCAUAUAAGUACAUAUAUAUGUAUGUAUAUGUAAUCAAAGCGUUGCAGUAGUUGAAAUGCUUAGAAAUUAGGGUCAAUGUAAGCGAGCAUUAAUAUUAAGCUUGAAUCUGCAAAGGACAGCAGACAUAACGGUGUAUAUGCAUGUGCAAUUGCAAAGAAAUAUAUAUGUAUAUUAUAUAUAGACAAAAGGAUUUAAACAAUGAAGAUCUAACUGGCACAUUGCAUUGCUUUGAGGGAAAGGCGGGAGCAAGGAUGUGUAUUUAGAAAGGCAGUUGAAGGCAAGGCAUGAGCCGCCAACCUUGUUCCCUUUAAAGGAUUCGUAGACAUGUUAUGUUCAUAUGUAUGUGUAAUUGUAUAUGUAUGUGUUAUUAUAUAUGUAUAUAUAUUUGUAUUUAUAUAUAUAAUUGUAUAUAUGUAUAUUAGUGUGUAUGUGUUUAUAUGUGUAAUUGUAUGCAACGAAUAAUGCUGUAACGGUAAUUGUAGCGGUAAUCGCAUGACUCGUUGCAAGACGACGCAAUCUUUAACAGUUGUGCAAAAACAACAACAAAUACAACUAUUGUGCAAAAAGUAGCGCCAAGUGGUGUUUCAACUGAAAAGCUCCGCUAUUAGACAGUCAGAGAGUCAUUAAGGCGAAAGCCUUACAACGUUUGACAUUUGUUUGAUUUAAUGGCAGCGAAAUUGCGAUUUGACGAAAUCAAUUUCGUGCACUCAAGCGAAAAUUUUUACGUUCAUGCAUGCACAAACACACAUAUGUAUGUAUGUAUGUAUGGAUUUUAAAAAUAUUACAUUUGUUGUUGUUUUUAUUUGCGCAUGCAGUCAAGCGCUGCAACUCAAGCGAGCGAAUCAAACGGAAUGCAAUCGAGCGCGUUGUGGUGACAUGGAAUCGAUGUCACUAUUUUGUAAACAAACACACACAUAUACACGCAUACACAUGCAUGCACAUAUGCAUGUUAGUAAUUUAUGAACUGAGGCAAUGCAUAAUAAAUAAAUGCUCUAAAUAAAGUGAAUUAAGUAAAUAGACUAAAUCAAAGUGAAAUUGCAAAGCAAUAACUAACAACAACAAAAACAAAAGCAAAAGCAAAAUCAAAUGCCGACAAGUCAUAUAUUUAUAUCAAAAAGCCAAGAAGCACGCCACUCACAUUUAUACAGAGUGUAAACACAUACACAUAUACAUGUAAUACAGUUAGUCACCCAUACUAGCAGUGAAGGCUUUCAGGCAAACAAGUCAGUGGAAAACCAAAACAAAAGCGCUUAAAGCCGGCUUAUCACGGCAGCAAAAACACACAGUUAUGGUAAAUGAGACAAAACGUAAUAAAAAGCAGAAAAACAGAGAAAAAAAACAAAUGUAAACAAGUAAUAAAAGCAAUGCAGAUAAUGUUAGGGAAAAUGCUUCGGAGCCUAUUGAAAUAUUUAAGCAAAUAAAGUGGAUUUAUGGCGAAACAAAGUGAAGCAAAGCGCAAAGCGCAAAGAGAGAAAAACACAAAACAAAAUAAUGACAGAAUAUACCAAAAAAUAUUAAUAAGUAAUAAUAAUGAAGUAAACAUAGGCAAUACAAUGUUUGACAGGAUUUGCCAGGAAUUCCUUUUGACAAAAUGGCAUUACAGCAAUUAGUAAAGUGAAUAUAAAUAUUAUAUUUUGCAAGGAAAUACUAAAAAAUACUUUUGCGUCAGCGAGAAAUUAAUAAUAAUGCGGCAUAUGUAAAAAAAUAGACAUAUAUAUGAUAUAUAUGUAUAUGGCUGUACAUUAGGGUGAGCCAGAAACUCAAUUAAAAGAUCAAAUUGAGGGAGCAAAUUUGAUGAAAACGAAACUACAACAAAUAAACACAACUUGACAAAAGAUGUCAGACACUUUUUCGCUAAAAGACAAUUACAAUACUUUUGAUUUAAAAUGAAGAACAGAAAUAUAAGAUUUUUUUUAUUGUUUUUGGAUUAACAUCUAAAAGGAAACGUCGGAGAUCCUAUAAAGAACAUAUACAUAUAUGAAUGAUCGGAAUGGCGAGCUAAGUCGACUGAGCCAUGUAACAGGCAUUUGAAAAGUCCACGGCCUACCAUCGUUGAACACGUUUCUUUGGCAAAACUCGUUUUUUUUAUUCAACAUAGUUUCCUUUAAGGGUGAUACGCUGAUUGUAGCGACCCUUAAACUUUUCGAUACCAUUUUUGUUGUACGAUUUGCUCUUUGCUUCGUAAUAGGCCUCAGUUUCGGCGAUCGCACCGCUUCAUGAAAAUUUCUUCACAGCGAGCAUUCUUUUGAGAUCUGAGAAUAUAAAAUAGUCGCUAGAAGCCAGAUCUGGAGAAUACGGUGGAUGUGGAAGCUAUUCGAAGCCCCCAAUACAUGGAUUUCAGCUAUCGUUUUCUCUGACUUAUGACACGGUGAAUUUUUUUAGUGAAACAUCACUUUCUUUUUUUUCAAAUGUUGCCAAUUUUCGUCGAUUUCGCCAUUCGUAUGGUCCAAUAACGCUAUAUAAUAGCCGCUGUUGAUGUAUCUAAAUUUUUCAAGGUAGUCAAUAAAAAUUAUGCCCUGCGCAUCCCAAUAUAUAGACAUUAUAAUCUCGCCAGCUGACUGUUGCGUUUUUUCAUGCUUUUGAGCGGUGUUCUUCGUAUACAGUUCAUUCGAAUGACUGUCAAUUGCACUUCUGAGGGAAAUGAUCGUGCCAUGUUUCAUCCGUUGUCACAUAUCGACGGAAAAACUCGGGUUUAUUACGUUUGAACAUCUCCAAAUACUGUUCUGAAUCAUCAACUCGUUGUUGUUUUUAAUUAAAAGAGAGCUUGCGGUGCACCGACUUUUCACAGAGCUUUCUCAUACCCAAAUAUUCGUGAAUGAUAUGCUAUAUACAUAUGUUUAGUUGUUAUCUUUAGAGUGCCUAUUUCCUCGAAUAACUUCACUUUACGGUCAUUCAAAAUUAUUUUGUGAAUUUUUUUGAUGCUUUCGUCGGUAACAACUUCUUUCGGGCGUUCACUUCGAACACCGUCUUUGGUGCUCAUUUCACCACGUCUAAAAUUGGCAUACGAAUCCUUGAUGGUUAAUUUUUCUGGGGGUUAAUUUUUCUUUCAAGUAGCGUAGAUCGGGGACUUUUCAAUUGACUUGUUAUUUAUUUGGAAAACUCGACACCUAUCAAAAUUUAGCUAAAUUUUUUUUACAGUAAUAUUUUUUUUUCGCACGUAGGUUAUUUUUAACGCCAGAAACUCGAUAGCUUAACCUAUAUAAACUUGUUAGUGUGGCUUAUGGCUCACCCUAAGUUACAUUUUAUGUGUAAUGACAACUGAUGUUGAGGUUGUUUGUGUUGUAAUAAGUUUCAUAUGAAACGUUAACGUUAACAGAAUUUUUUGAAAAUAUAUUAAGCAAAUAUUUAAAAGAUAAUACCAUAGAGUAAUAUAGUAAAUUAGGAAAAACAGCAUAUAAGGAAGCCCACAGAUGAGGAAUAUAAGAAAACCAUUACAUUCCAAGAUAUAUUCAUAUAGGUAUUCAUCGCUCUACGCCAAUAAAGUAGAAGAAAAUACAUCUUUUUCACAUUUUAAGUUGGUGUGGUUCUAAUAAAACAGAAUACUUGGCUUGUGGUUUUAUUAAAAAUAUUAUUUUUUAAGUUUUUCGAAGAAAAAAAUGUAUUUUGGACGGAGUUCUUAACGGCCUAUUCACAAAUUUGCACAGUUGUGACUGAGAGUUUAAUGUACAUUUUCCAAAAAAAAGUCAAAAACUAAAUGAAAAUAGUUUCAAAUUGAAAAAAAAAAUAUUUUUUUAUAAAAGUGUUCCUUUUCUUUAAAAAAAAGUGUCUAAUGAAUUCAACGUUUGUAUCAAAUUUGUAAAAAAUUGUAAACAUUUGGACAGCUGAUUAUUUUUACAAAAAUAUACUUUUCUCCGGAUACACAAAACGAUUUUUUUUUUUCAACGUCGAAACGUUGAAAAGUCAUAACCUCUAAAGUUUUCAUAUAAAAAUACGGUCCAAUAAUUUGUCUCAAAGAAUACAAAAAAAAAAAAUUUCCUAACCAAAAAAAUAUUUGAAUGUAAAUUUUGGAUGGAAUGACCUAUAUAUAUUUUAUUAUCAAAUUACUUUUUAUAAAAUUUGUAAUAAUCUGCGUGCAAAUAUUUGUGUUUACCUAGAAAUUUUAUAUGAAAAAACGGCGAAUAACUUAAUAUGUUAAUUAGUUCAAAAUAUCACAAGAAAACGAUUGUUAUUGGUGAUAAAGCCACUCAUAUCUCUCAUAUCUCAUAUCAUCUUAAGACAUCUAACAUAUACACCGCACAGAAAGACCAUCCAGAUAUAUAAACAUACAUGAAAUGAAAAUAAAAAAAAAAUAAAUUAAAAAAAAAUCUUUUAUUGAAACAAAAAUGAAGAAUCAUAAGAAGAAUAGUUUUCUUGAAACAUUGUUAACAAAUCUUAGUAAAUAAAAUAUCGAUUGUUAAUAAUAGAAAUUUUAGUUUUUAGUAAAAUUUAAUUGCAGCGUAGCAUAAAUAUUUUAGUGCAUAAUUUAGUAAAUAUAUACUUACCAACAUAUAUAUAUAUAUAUAUAUAUGAAUUAAGAACAUUAACAAGUGUCUAUAAAGUAAAACUUCAUUUUAGUAUUCUAAAGUGCAUUCUAAAUAUUUAAUCACAUUUGUAUAGCGAUAUGUAUGUGUUUAUGUAACGGUUUUACUCUUUACAAAAGAAAAACAAAAAAUAAAUUGAUGCGUUAGCAACUUACGAUAGCAGUCGAUUUUCCAAAUAGUUUAUUAAGCUCAACAUAUACACGCAUACAUACUAACUUGAGUAUACUCUAAUGAAAGUAUAGAAAUAUUGAUUUAAAUAUUGCAGUGUUGCAGAUAUUGUGCUAGAUGGUAUGUGUAAACAAAGUAAUCGGUGUAGAGUACUUGCCAACAUUAGGAUUUUUGAUUCGUAGUGUUUAACUAAACACAAGCGUAUAUGUAAGUAAUACAUAAAUAUUGUAUAACAUACAUUGGGGUAUACGUUUUUUUCCGAAGUUAAUUUUUGGUUUUGCAAACGUCAGCUGAAGUUUCAAUUUUGGCCUUGAACAAGAAUGCAAAUCUUUGUGUUUAAAUUAUUUCAAUUUUUGCCUUGAGUAUAGUAAAUUUUGUGACUCUACAACUUUAAAGUAGUGAUAUUUUAACAAAAAAUUGUCCGCUCUACAAAAAAGCUCUUAAUAAUUUUUUCCAUAAAACUACUGCUUUUAGAGUUAUAUACGGUUAAAGUUAUACAUCAAAUCCCAUGACAAAUUCCAGUAUAGUUCACAACUGCAAGAGAGCACUAAGCUCAAUAAAAGACAAGCUCCAGCUAAACUUGAUCUGGGUUCCCGGCCACAGGAACAUUUUCGGUAACGAAAAAGCAGACGAGUUGGCAAAGGCAGGAGCUUUCCUCAAUGAAUCCAAGGCGCGUUCAUACAAGUGAUUUUUACAGGCUACGUUGCUCAUACGACAUGGUGCACUCUAUAAAUGCAUAACUUCAACUGCGUAUAACUUUUAAUGAAAUGUUUUUAUGCAAAAAAUCUAUAAUAUAUUUGUAGAGCCGUAUGUUGUGUAUUUGUAUAUCAACCUUUCAAAGUUGUAUAUUGUCAACUAAAAUACAAAAUAACGUAAUAUCACUUUUCAUAAGCUUACAGGCGAAGGAAAAACGAUAUAAUAGAAAAAACUUAUAUUGAAACAAAAUUUUUAGUAUGAAAUGGUUAUAUAUUAGUUAUAAAGGUUAUAUAUUGGUUACAAAUUGGUUAUAUACUGGUUAUAAAAUUGUUAUAUAUUGGUUACAAAUUGGUUAUAUAUUGGUUAUAAAGUUGUUAUAUAUUGGUUACAAAUUUGUUAUAUAUAGGUUAUAUAUGGGCUAUUUAUUGGUUAUAUAUUGGUUAUAUCUGAGAGUGGAAUAUGAACAUUUUUUGCUACAUAACGAGCUUUUCAUUAAGAACGCUACAAAAGUACAUUCAAUGCCAUUUUCGAUGGUUUUCAAGCAUAAAUCGGCCGACAAUGCUGCAAUUUCACGUUCGACAUUCAUACGCGGUUUAUCAAUCGCCGAUGGCUUGUUGGCAUGGACCAUAGACUUGACGUAGUCUCACAGGAAAUAGUCUAACGCCGACAAAUCGCACGACCGAAGCGGCCAAUCAUUUCGUGAGAUAACACGUUCACCAAACUUGUUUUCAAUAAAUCGAUUUUGACAUUCGCUGUGUGGCUUGUGGCGCCGGCCCAUUGGUACAACAUAUUGUCCAAGUCCAUAUCAUCCAAUUCCGUAGUCAAGCGGCUUCAGUUCUUGCGUCAAUUUCAUCUUGUAAGCAUGUGAGCCAAGAUCUAUUCGCAAAAUUCGCCACCUCGACGUCACAGAGUUGCCCAACACUUGAGAACGAUGUGUGAGAGACAGAUUUGAGUCUUCUUCAAUUGAUGCGCUAGCAGCAGCAAUAUUCUCGACACUACGGCCACUUCUUUGUUUCACUGGAACUGGAACGUUUUGUCGAUGCCUGUGGAAUUGUGGAAUAAUUUUUCCACUUGACGCUCAAUUUUUGAUCUGACAGGACAAUUAUAAUGACUAUAAAUUGAACGUAGCAUUCUUAAAGUUGAGGCCACUGACUCCGAAUUUCGAUAGUAAAUUUUAAUAAUUUCGAACCGUUGUUGGAUCGUAUACGAGUAUCUAUCCAUAAUGAAUUGGAAAACCUUACUGAAGAGAAAUGUCAAAAGAGCGGAAAAAUAUAUGGCGUCUUUUGUCGUCCCUAUCGGUCUACUUUUGUAGUGUUCCUAUUGAAAAUUGAGUUAAAUCUUAUUUGCUUUGGAGAUAAAAAAAUUAAUUGUAGGAUCAAAAAUUCCAUGUAAAUAACUAGGGAAAAGUAAAUUGAUUUGGACACGUUUGUAAUUGAAAAAAAGGAAAAAGUUGUUAACGUUGAGUCCUUUGUUUGGAGCCCAAACUGAAGCCCCAGAGGCGUGCACAAAACUACAAAUCCACAUGGGAAAUAACGUACACUCUAAUGCAUUCACAUAAAGCUAAAUAUUGCUUGUAAAACAAGCAUCUAAAAUUAAUUACUUAAAACUUAAGUCUUUACUUAAACAUAACCUAAGAAAAAUGUUCUCUAGAAUAUAGCACGAAAGUUAGAUAUUUAUUGUAACAACGUCGGCAAAUCUAUUUGAGCGUAAAAAUAUGCAUAUCAAUUAGAAACAUACUUACGAGAAACUUCCACGUUAGAGCCGAAAGGAAGCGCUAAGUUCAUUUUACAUAGAGUUAGAAAGUUCAACUCAUACUUAAGCUAACGCCAUCUACACACAUACAUACAUACAUAUAUAUUAUACGUUUACUCUACUUUACUCAUGUGCACGCAGACAAACACAUAUUUAAUACUAGCGUAAGAGGUACUAAAAGUAACGGUGCACACAUCUACUUAUGUAUAUCAUAUACUCUAUGUUAUCAAUGUAUGCGUUAAGUGACUACAAAGUCGAAAAUAUUGAAAUAAAUACCAAAAAAAAAAUAACGGUAAAAAUAUGGAAAAGGUA